AUGGUACCGCGAUCGGUUCUUUUUUGUGCUUUUGAAGGGAUUCCUUACUUGCUAUGCGGUCGGGGUGAUGGCGAUCUGUUUUACUAUCUGUUGAACACAUGUACUGGUUUGUUAACAUACAAGAAAAUGGUCUCUUUUGGAGAAACACCGAUUGCACUAAGGACUGUUCCAUCCAAUACUACAUGUGUCCUAGCUGUAUGUGAUAGGACAGUUAUGAUUUUUAGCAGAGAGAAGGAGUUACUUCAUAAUUAUGUGAAUCUGAGCAUCGUCAACGUUGUGUCCCCUUUCAACUCCUCCGAGAGAAUGCAUCACCGGUCUCUGUUUUGGUUCCGACAGGGUAUCACUCAAACCAAAUUUUUUGGCACCCGUAAUGGUGGGAUUGGAGUGGUUGCUUCACUUCCUAAGAAACUGUUCAGCUUUUUAGGAGUGGUGAAAUCUGUUGGAGGGCUAAGCCAUACAGAGUGGAGAGGAUUUAAAUCAGAAAAUGAUUGGACUUCUGAAUUUUUGGAUGGUGAUUUCAUAGAAUCAUUUCUUGAUCUCCAGCCUGAUGAGAUGGAAGUGAUAUCUCUAGUAGUGAAGCGUUCAGUAGAAGAGUUAAUUCAAAUUGUUGAAAGGUUCCUGACAUCCGGUUCUUCAAUCUGA